AGCCGGAGCGGCCGGGCCGGGGUGGCUGCUGCUGCCGGGGCUGAGCCACCAGCACCGCCUCCCGGUCGGGUGGCCCAAGCUGAAGAGCCCCGGGGCCCUCCUGGGGAGCCGCAGGCUCCGCCGGCCAAGCGGCGAUCGUGAGAGACUAAACAAGGCCCACGUGAACCCACAAAAGCAUUUCACCGCAGAUGCUGCUCAGCGCCAGCAGACCCUACCUCGUUUGAUGAAAACCAUGCAGAGGUUACUGUCUUACCCCAAGCCCAUCAGCCCGACCACAGAGGAUUCAGCUAAAGAAAGAUUCUGUCUCUACCAUUACCAGUUGCUCCAAGGCAGCCAGGUAAAUCGAUAGUAAGCUACUUUGAGACACUCCCUCCAUCUCCUGGACUUAUCAAAAUGCUGCCAUGGACGAGGCUACAUCUGGGCCUUCUCUAAUUCUUCCUAAUCAGAAAUUGGCUCGUCCAUCAAAGCUUCUCCUGGCCGAAUAUACCUAAAUUUGGGUCCAGACCUUCACUUUCAUCUUCCAAUGAAAAGGAGACAAAUUCAAGCAAGCACUCAGCUUUGGCUUUCUGCUAGCCCAGAUCCUCCUAUCUGGUGGCCCAUGCACUGCUCCCUCGGCCCCCAGCGUGUGACAGGCCCCCAACGCGAUGUGUGUUUGUCAAACCAUGGAAGUGGGGAAGUAUGGCAAGAACGCAAGUCGAGCUGGAGACCGGGGAGUCCUCCUAGAGCCCUUCAUCCACCAAGUGGGCGGCCACAGCAGCAUGAUGCGCUACGACGACCACACCGUCUGCAAGCCCCUCAUCUCCCGAGAACAGCGCUUCUAUGAGUCUCUUCCCCCGGAAAUGAAGGAAUUCACGCCUGAAUACAAAGGUGUGGUGUCCGUCUGUUUUGAGGGGGAUAGCGAUGGCUACAUCAACCUCGUGGCUUACCCUUAUGUGGAGAGCGAAGUUGUGGAGCCGGAAGACGUGCCAGAGAGAGAGCAGCCGCGGCGCAAGCACUCACGCAGAAGCUUUCACCGGUCAGGCAGCGGCAGCGAGCAUAAGGAGGAACGGGCAGGGCUGGCCCCAGAGAACACAGAGAGCCCUCAGGAGGUGAAGAGCCCCCAGGUGGAGCUGCACAUCCAUUCAGAUGUUCCUUUCCAGAUGCUGGAUGGGAAUAGUGGCCUGAGCUCAGAGAAGAUCACCUAUAAUCCCUGGAGUCUACGCUGUCACAAGCAACAGUUGAGCCGUAUGCGCUCAGAAUCCAAGGACCGGAAACUCUACAAGUUCCUCUUGCUGGAGAACGUGGUGCACCAUUUCAAGUUUCCCUGUGUGCUGGACCUGAAGAUGGGCACCAGGCAGCAUGGGGAUGAUGCCUCAGAAGAGAAAGCAGCCAGACAGAUGAAAAAGUGUGAGCAGAGCACUUCUGCCACGCUGGGGGUCCGAGUCUGUGGAAUGCAGGUUUUCCAGCUGGACACGGGGCAUUACUUAUGUCGGAACAAGUACUAUGGCCGUGGGCUUUCAAUCGAAGGCUUCCGCAGCGCCCUGUACCAGUAUCUCCACAAUGGCCUGGCCCUGCGAAGAGACCUCUUUGGGCCCAUCCUGAGCAAACUGCGGGGUCUGAAGGCCGUGCUGGAGAGGCAGGCCUCUUACCGCUUUUACUCCAGCUCCCUCCUCAUCAUUUACGAUGGCAAGGAGCCCUGGGUGGAGAAGUACCUGGAUCGUCGGGCAGAGACGCGCCUGAAGCGAGCAGACUGUUCGGCCCUGGACCUCACGCUCCCCGACAUACUGCCAGGCAGUACGGGCACCAACGCCAGCCCUGAGGCGGUCCUGCCCAAGGUGGAUGUCCGCAUGAUUGACUUUGCACAUAGCACGUUCAAGGGUUUUCGGGAUGACCCCACCGUGCACGACGGCCCCGAUAUGGGCUACGUGUUCGGCCUAGAAAGCCUCAUCAAUAUCAUGGAGCAGAUGCAGGAAGAAAACCAGUAGUGCCCUACUGGGCAGCCCUUGCCCCACCAUCCCUAGAGCCCUUUCCUCUCCACUCACAGGCAGGGACCACCCACUCUGAAUCACCACAGAGGACAAAGACUUUUGGGGAUUUAGAGAGUUGGGUUUCUCUUGGGUGUAAUCUACGAGGAAAUGCUUUUUAGUAGUAGUCUGGAAUACCUGUACAGUAUAGAAAAGUAGGAAAGAGAGAGUGAUUGAGAGAGAGAUUGAGGUAGGGGGGUGGGGGGGAGAGAUGCAGAGAGAUGCAGAGAGAUGCUUUCGGCUAUCCAUCAUGUGGCUUUGACUGUUCUGCCCAGGUUGACAUGGGAAGUAGAGCCACAAGUCCCACAUCAGCGGCCCGCUCUGUCUGGGAAGCACGUGAGCAACUCUCUGUACUAGGUCUGCAUUCUGAUGGGAAGCCUAGCUCUACCAAUUCUAAAUCUUGGCUUCCUGCUAAAACCCUGGUUUCGCUUUUCUCUGGUUUAGCACAGCAUGGGGCUGAAGGAGCAGAAUUGCGGGGGAAGGGGGAAGGGGGCGGAGCACGCUAAGGGAUAAGUUCCUCGGGCUGCUGGGCUAGGCGUUGAACUCUCCGUCAUCUAUUUCACCGAGAUUCUCUCUCCAUCUGUGACCGAGAGUGGGUGGAGAGGAGAGUGAGAUGCUGGCCCCUUGCCGUUUCCUGCUUUUUCAAAUUCAGCUGCAAGAUGCUGAAUUAGCCCUGGCAAAUUGGGGGAGGUAGGCUUGGAACCCCCAAAGAGCCAUGAUCCAUAAUGGUAAGCAGUUCCCUACUACUGGAGUGGAGGGGGCGGGGGGGUGGUGGUUGUGAGAGAGCGUGUGUGUAUGUGUGCGUGUGCGUGUGAGUGUGCACAAAAGUAACGUUUCAUUUAACUUGCACCUUACACUCCACCUGGAAGCCCACCCAGCAGAUAGAAUGGUGACAUAGGACCCUAUUUUGGCAUUAAAGGGAACCAAACUUUAUUCUGGGGUAAGGGAACGUGUGGAUUUAUUCAUGCAUCAUUCAUAAAGUGUUUUUAGGUUUUCAAGCAGAGACAAAUUCAGGAUCAGAGAGUAAUUUGCCUUCCAGAUGAAUCGAGAUUUGGGCGAUCCCUGAACUGGGUCCCCAGUUUUAGCUAAAGCAUGACGAUGUGCCGCUGAUCUGAUUUAACAGUGUGCAGGACCAGGCUGCUUUAAGGGCCUUGGUUCCUUCAUCACCGUAACCCUCCAGAACUCUGGAGGGAGAUCUCCCCGCACUCUCCUGUCCCGCUCCAGGGGCGGGGAAAAGAGCCAGCUGCUUGUCAAGAGGCCCAGCUGGUCUGGAUCAGCUUCAGGUCCUCCCUGCUUCAUCCCAAUGCCCUCCUAUGGCUUUUUAGAAUAAAAAUGGCUUCUAACAGUGAACAGUGUUACUAACCAACCCUUUGGUGAAGAAAAUACCAGAAAGGUAUGUCUGGGACAGCAACUCCCAGCUGGUUUGUUUUUGUUGCUUUAUCCAGGCAUUUUGCCAGUGGAAGGCAGCAGUGCUCCUGGAUUUUGGGGUCGGGGGACCGUAGCAGCCCCCCCAGCCUUCGCAACACACACACACACACACCCCCCAAUUUCUCCUCAAUAAGAGCUGGGUUCUUUGCUUGGGCUCUACCUGCUCAUUUUGGGUUUCUCCUAGGGCUCUGUUGGAGUCAACUGAGCCUAGGAAGAGAUGGGGACAGUAAUGGCCAUGGCUUGUUUCUGGUGCUUCCCCUCUGAUAGCCCAGAAGGCCAGGUGGUCUGUGACGGGAGUCGGGGGUUGUGACGCAGUCUUCCACUAGAGUCUCCUCAGAUCUGGGGGUGUCGUCUCAGUAGGUCAAAAGAGGAUGAUUUCUGGGUAAGUUUGGUGGGGAGAGCGGGUACAGUCUCAGGUAAAAACCAGAAAUGGUGUGUGGAGCUGUUAACGAGUUGAAGCCAAACUCUGGUUGAUUGCUGCAGAAAUCCGGGCCCCUGCCAUCAGCUAGAGCACGGUGCCCAGUCCUUUCUGCCUCACAUCCCCAGGGGAGGAAGGAGCGAGCGAGCGAGGAAGUGUUCAUCCGAAGAGGUCUGGAGAGUAGAUCUUGGUCGGGGGAGAAGUCUGUGGGGUGACAGCCUCAUUUUGAUCCCGGGGCGCUCCUCGCUCCCUCCCUCCCUCCCUCCACCCGACCCUGCGGCAGAAUGGGGAGGAGAGGGAAAUGCGCUCAUUGCUUCUGCAGCUCUGCAGGGCGCUGAAGGAUAGGGUGCUAAAGGAUAGAGUCUCUCCUCGCCUAGGGACCAAGUCCUGCCGAGAAGCAGUUCUCCCGCAUAAUCCGAUCCCCACAGAGGACCAAACGGAGCAGAAAGAAUCACGGGCUGGCAAAGUGGUCAGCGGCGCUUGGUUGAAGUAGACAGACUUACUUCUAGGGGGCCAAUCGGUAUGCAAUAUCCCCUCGUGGAGAGGAGGCCAGGGGGCAACCUCGAAAUUAUACAGGGGCUUGCGAGGGGGUCAAAGCCCAGCUCCCAGCUCCUGGGUUUUUUGGACCUUGGCGGGUCCCAGGGUGCAAUACUGUCUUGGACUGGGCCCGUUGCCGGCCGAGACGUGGACUUGGUCUGCAAAGGCAGCACCUCUUUUUAAAUGGGGAUGAUGAAUGCAAGGAUGGGGGGGAGGGGGAAAAGGAGGGGCACGGCCCGCUGGGGCUCUGGGCCACAGAGACUUCCUCCACUACCUAUACUGUUGCAUGAUUAUCUCAGGAGAAGAAUGCUUUGGACUCCAUAUACAGAGGAAUUUUUUGUUUUGUUUUUUGUUUGUUUUUGCUUUAAUAAGGAAAAUAUAGGAACCCUCUGAGAAGGAACCAGUUCCUUUGAUUUUUUUUUUGGGG